AAAGCAGCGUUGUUGGCCGUGCUGUGCUUUCCCCCAUUAAAACCGCGAUAACUUUUCUUCCUCAGAUCCCAUCUCGUGAGGUUCCCAUCGAUUCCUUUUUAUAUUCACUCCCCCUCGUUCUACCUCUUCCCCAAAUCUGUCAGUCUGUGUUUGUCCUCGAAGCUCAAAAGGAUGGCAUCGUUAUCGACUUGAAUCCUCCCUCGGUUUUCUUGAAACCGUAUCGUCCCCCUUUGGCUUUCUCGAUCCUCUCUCGCAUGUUGCAGGUCUCGAAUUCGUCUCGACCAGGGGAAGCAACAUGAGCAACCCGAUGUUGCCGAGAGUGAGGGCCACGUUCCAUUUGGCCUACGACCGAGGGUAAACUCUGAUCGCGCAUAGCUCUUUUGCUCUCUUUUCACCCGAAAGUUCCCUCCCUUCUUUUCGUGCUCUUUUUCGAGCGACCGCUCCGCAGAAAGAAAAGUGUUUUCGAUUUCUUGGCAAAAGGGAGAGGAAGACAGAGAUGGAAGGCAGCAAGGAAAAAGCGAAGAAGGGCCUGAUCACCAAAACGUGGGAGCGGUGCAAAUCCAUCGGCCGCGGUGGUGGCAGCAAGGCCGCCUCCCCGGGUCGCCUCACGAGGAAGACCAAGUCGUGGAACGGGUCCGCGGAUGGGGCGGCGGCUGCGGCUGCGGCGGCGGCGGCCACCGUGGAGCGUGGCCGCGGGAGCAGGCGGCGGGUGGCCCCGGAAGGGUGCUUCUCGGUGUACGUUGGGCCCGGGAAGCAGAAGUUCGUGAUCAAGACCGAGUACGCCAACCACCCGCUGUUCAAGGCCCUCCUCGACGAGGCUGAGGCCGAGUACGGGUACAGCAGCGGCGGGCCCAUCGAGCUCCCCUGCGAAGUCGCGGUCUUCUACAGGGUGCUGAUGGAGAUGGACUCCGAGGACGACGACGAGGACGGGGGCCGGAUAGGCGGCCUCAGCGCGAAGCGGUGGGUCGGGUGCGGCUUCAGCCAGGGCUACGGCGCGUACCGCCUGCUCAGCCCGUCCAGGAUGAUUACCAUAAAUCAGUUCUAGAGUAUACUAAUGCUUUCGCCAUGUUUUAUACACAUGUAGGAAUAUGAUAAGAGUAUUAACUUAGUGAUGUUUUUGGUGCUUGUUUUUGUCUUUGGAAAUAAGUAGAGCCCGAAGGAAGUGCAGUCGAAUUUGAAUAGGUCGUUCCAGGGUGUCGUGUAAGAGAGAGAGGAUACAUACUUUGUGGCAGUAGUGGGUGAUGUACGUGGUAGCUUGAGGACAUAAAAGAUCCUAGCCAUGCGUUUGUUUGUAUAUCUAGAGACCAGAUCUAAUGUGGAUUAUGUAAUGACCUGUGAUCGUGUAAGUUGUGGAACUACAA